AUGGCAUCCCCAACCUUGUUAACACUAAUCAUCUUCACAAUCUUCAUCCCCAAAACACUAUCCCAACAAGAAUACGUUGGUAUCAAACAACCAGAUUGUGGAAACAUAUUCAACUCAACAUUAGGCAACAUUUGCAACAGCAUCAACUCAUGCCAAUCUUACCUCACCUUCAAAUCAAACUCUCUAUACAACACAUCCGCUUCCAUUUCCAACCUCCUCAACGCUUCACCUUCCCUCGUUUCACAGUCCAACAACAUCUCCACCCUCCAAACCAUCCCAACCGACACCAUCAUAACCGUCCCCGUUAACUGUUCCUGCUCCGGUAACAACAAAUACUACCAGCAUAACUCUACCUACACUUUGAAUACCGUCGGAGAAACCUAUUUCUCCGUUGCAAAUUACACCUACCAGACUCUUACCUCAUGUCAAGCUCUUAUGGCUCAGAAUACUUACGCUAUUCGAAAUCUCUCUGUUGGUCUAAACUUGACUAUUCCUCUCAGAUGUGCUUGUCCCACCAAGAAACAGACUGAUCAAGGCUUCAAGUAUCUUCUCACCUACUUGAUCUCUCAAGAUGAAACGGUUGCUUCCAUUGCUGAUAUUUUCGGGGUUGAUCCACAAAGCAUUUUUGAUGCUAACGAACUUUCUUCUUCUUCUACUAUUUACGCUUUCUCACCUAUUUCAGUCCCUCUCAAAACCGAACCGCCCAAAAAUAUAAUAAGAGCAGCUUCACCACCGGAGUCUCCGCCGCGAACUCCUCCCGCGGAUGGUGGUUCCUCCUCUUCCAAGAAAUGGGUCAUCGUUGGUGUAGUGGUUGGGGUUGUUGUAUUGCUUCUCGUGAUUCUUGCUCUGUUUUUGCUCUGUUUCUAUAAACGGCGGCGGCCGCCUCCGAAGCUACCACCGCCUGCGGUUCAGAAAUUAUGGGACUCUAACGCCAAGAAGGUUUCCUCAACAACUCAAUCUUCGUCUCUUUCUUCUGAGGGGAUUCGUUAUGCGGUUGACUCGUUGACUAAGUUCAAAUUUGAAGAUUUGCAAAGUGCAACGAAAUUUUUCAGCGAACAGAACAAGAUUAAAGGUUCUGUUUAUAGAGCAUCUCUUAAAGGUGAUGAUGGUGCUGUUAAGAUUCUGAAAGGUGAUGUUUCUUCUGAGAUAAAUAUUUUGAAAAGGAUUAACCAUGCCAAUAUUAUAAGGUUGUCUGGUUUUUGUGUCUACAAAGGUAACACUUAUCUUGUUUACGAGUUUGCUAAGAAUAACUCUCUUGAUGAUUGGCUUCACUCUGAGAAUUCGAAUUCAACCUGUUUGAGUUGGUUUCAGAGAGUUCAGAUUGCUCAUGAUGUUGCUGAUGCACUUAACUACCUUCAUAACUAUGCUAAUCCUCCUCAUGUUCAUAAGAAUUUGAAAAGUGAGAAUAUUCUAAUAGAUGAAAAAUUCCGAGGAAAAGUUUCAAAUUUUGGGUUGGCUAGAGUUAUGGAGAAUGAAGAUAAUGAAGGGUUUCAGUUAACAAGACAUGUUAUAGGAACUCAAGGUUACAUGGCACCUGAAUAUAUUGAGAAUGGUUUGAUUACUCCAAAGAUGGAUGUUUUCGCAUUCGGUGUUGUGAUUUUGGAGCUUCUUUCUGGAAGAGAGGUUGUUGGUGGUGACAAGAAUAAUGGUUUGGGGGAUCAGCUUUUAUCUUCCACUGUGAAUGAGGUUCUUGAAGGGGAAAAUGAUAGGGAGAAGCUUAGAGGUUUCAUGGAUCCGAAUUUGAGAGAUGAAUACCCUUUGGAUCUUGCAUAUUCUAUGGCGGAGAUUGCUAAAAGAUGUGUUGCUCGUGACCUGAAUUCAAGACCAAAUGUUUCUGAGGUUUUCAUGGUUUUGUCUAAGAUUCAGUCCUCUACAUUGGAUUGGGAUCCAUCGUCUAGAUCUGUUAGCCAAGUUUCUGAUAGUUGA